CAUAACAUUAGCCCAUGUUUACAAAACAUCGUAUGGAUUGUGUAGUAAUAGCAACGAUAGUUACCAACGAACGGAACGGAUUUCAAUUAAAACACUGCAGUCGUUUGAUGUGAUUUGUCUGUAUCAUUAGUGCAGAUAAUCAAAAUGAUGUUAAGACGAUCAUUGUUUUCUCGAUGCAUAAGAGUCUCAUCUAUAAAUUCACGCUACCUAAGUCACAACGCACUUGCCGGAGACCAGCUGUAUGAUGUCGUGGUUGUCGGUGGGGGCCAUGCCGGGACCGAAGCUUGCAGUGCCGCUGCACGGAUGGGAGCAAGAACGCUACUGGUGACUCAUAAAAAAGCAACCAUCGGCGAGAUGUCCUGCAAUCCAUCGUUCGGCGGAAUCGGAAAAGGUCACCUGAUUCGGGAAAUCGAUGCUCUGGAUGGAGUGUGCGGGCGGUGCUGCGACAAAAGCGGCGUGCAGUAUAAGGUGCUGAAUAAGCGCCGAGGACCUGCGGUUUGGGGUCCACGGGCACAGAUCGAUCGGAAUCUGUACAAAGCGGAAGUACAAACGGAGUUGGCUGCUACCGAGAAUCUGGAAAUUGUUGAAUCCUCGGUCGAAGAUAUUAUACUUGAUAGAAGAGAGAACGAAAUAACACCGCGAAUUACGGGAAUAAGUUUAAAGAAUGGAGAUGUGGUUAGAACGAAGACUUUAGUUAUAACCACGGGGACAUUUUUGCGGGGUCAGAUAAACAUUGGACUGCAAACAAUGCCGGCUGGCCGGAUAGGAGAUGAACCGGCUAUCGGAUUGGCUAAAAGUCUCGAAGAGCUAGGCUUCCAAUUAUCGCGACUGAAAACCGGAACACCACCUCGGAUUAAAGCAUGCUCCAUCGAUUUCAGUUGCCUGGAACGUCAACCGGGAGACAAUCCGCCUGUUCCGUUUUCUUUCCUAAACGAACGUGUAUGGUUGAAGGCGCAAGAACAAUUGGAUUGCUUUCUGACGCAAACCAGUCAAGAAGUGAAUGAAAUUGUUCGAAGGAACCUUCACUGCAAUCGUCAUGUGACCGAAGAAUUGACCGGCCCUCGAUAUUGUCCCUCAAUAGAGUCGAAAGUUUUGCGAUUUGGCAAAAAGACUCAUCAAAUUUGGUUGGAACCAGAAGGAUUCGAUAGUGAGUUGAUCUAUCCGAAUGGGCUAUCGUGUACUUUACCGGAGGAAGAACAAAUUAAGUUGGUACGUUGUUUGCGUGGUUUGGAAAAGGCCGAAGUGGCCCGUCCCGGUUAUGGCGUAGAGUACGAUUUCGUUGACCCCAGAGAACUUUUCCCGACGCUUGAAACGAAACGAGUCGAUGGAUUGUUUUUCGCCGGACAGAUAAAUGGGACAACCGGAUAUGAGGAAGCGGCGGCUCAGGGCGUUUUAGCCGGAGCGAAUGCUGCCGCAAAAGUGCUGGGACGAGAUCGGCUGACCGUCAGCCGAACGGAAGGUUAUCUAGGGGUGCUGGUGGACGAUUUGACUACACUAGGAACGAACGAACCGUAUCGAAUGUUUACCAGCAGGGCAGAGUUUAGGCUUAGUUUACGUCCGGAUAAUGCCGACUUGAGGCUUACGGAGAAAGGAUACCGGCUGGGGUUGGUUGCAGAAGAACGAUACCAGCGUAUGAUUGCCAUGAGAGAUAAAAUCGGUAGAGCCAUUGAACUGUUGAGUGAUGUAAAGAAGGGAAGUAACACGUGGCGACGGCAAUUAGAGCUUCCACUGGGAAAAGCUAGUAUCUCUAAAAGUGCAUUCGAAAUGCUGGCCAUCUCAGUAGAUAAUAUCACAACGGAACAGUUGUGUAAUUUGGAACCCGCGGUGCUUGGCUGGAUACGAGAAGAUCCGGUGCUUUGUGAAAGAUUGAAGAUUGAGGCUUUGUACAGUCUGUCCAUUCAAGAGCAAGCCAAAGAGGUUGAGGAAGUUCAAAAGCAUGAGCUGCUGCAGAUUCCUGGAUCGAUUGAUUAUCUGUCGAAAUCUCUAAAUCUUUCUUUUGAAGAACAGGAAAAGUUAGUGAAUAUUCAGCCACAAACGAUUGCUGCUGCCAGUCGAAUCCAAGGCAUCACGCCGUCGACCAUCGUCCGGUUGGUGAGGUUUGUCAAACAGUACGAAAUGACGGCUCAAUGUUGAAAGGGACUAGGGAAAAUGUUUGAACUUUGUACAAAGCCAAAAAGAAACAAACAAAAACACAGUAUAUAGUCAGUCGUGAAUAAAUAAAUAAUUAUAUAUAUACAUAAAAUUCUCACUCUCAUAAAACUCUAUCAAUUUGUU